UUCACUUCCUCUAAUGUUUCUCAGAAGUAACCAUGCAUGUUCACAGCUUCUUUUCAUUGCUGUUUCUUCUACUUUCAUGUUCCAGAGCUGAUGCUCUUUUUGGUCAUUUUUUGGUUCGCUGCCAGUUUACUUCGUUAGAGGACGUUGUUUAUGUGGAGCAGUACUGCAUCAACAAGUUACUUCUGAUCCAAUACAACAGCACUUUGGGAAAUUUUACCGGCUACACAAAGAGAGCAAGAGAUAUUGCAGAUGGCCUGAACAAAAGCCCUGAUUUAAUGAAACAAAGAAAAAAGAAUGAGAAGAAAUGCAAAUCCCAGAUACCAUUCGUAUUGGAUCUCCAUUCAAAACCAGUGGAGCCCUCCGUCAGGCUGAGGUCAGUUGAGGCAGCAGGCAGCAAACAUCCAGGCAUGCUGGUCUGCAGUGCGUACGGCUUUUAUCCCAAACAAAUCAGAGUGACUUGGCUGAGGAACGGAAAUAUUGUGACAUCUGAUGUGACGUCCACUGAAGAACUGCCCAAUGGGAAUUGGCUCUACCAGAUACACUCAUAUCUGGAAUUUACACCCAGACCUGGAGAGAAGAUCACCUGUAGAGUGGAGCAUGCCAGCCUCACGGGGCCCAAGCUUUAUGAGUGGGACCCAGCAAACGAGUCACAGAGGAACAAAAUCGCUGUCGGGACAGCAGGGCUGCUGCUGGGUCUGGUGUUUUUAGUUGCUGGGCUGAUUUACUACAAGAAGAAGAACAACGCUGGCCGAGUGUUGGUGCCAACAGGUUAAGGCAGCCUGCCCCGUUGGCUGAAACGUAUGUAAUACAAGACAAAAUGUAAAAUGAUCCGACCCUGGAAAUCUCACCAAAAUGGCAGAGGAUGGAAUAAAUAAGAAGGCGUGGAGUCACUUCAUUUGAACUGUACACAUUAUUAUAGUUUAAAAGACCUUAUUUUUUCGAUGAAAUGGUUUGACUAUACCUGUAAUAUUUUGAUGUUCACAUUAUCAACGACGGGAAUGGCUGUUUCAUUUUGGAUUAAGUUAAUUAAAAAUGUAUACACAGCGCUAUGGUUCUGUCUACUACAAAUGUAAGGUGUCACAUGAUCUGACAUACUAGAUUUACUGGAUAUACGUAUAUCAGUCAUAAUAUAUCAAACACACACUUCUGACCAAUGUCACCCUGUUAGUAUUCGUCAACUCAAGUACAAAGAUAAAACUGCAGGUUCCAGAUACGCUAAAGUCCAACAGAAUAUUUUUUGUCUGCUACAUCAUAUCUACUGUGUAAAUCUUGUCUUGUGUUUUUCCUUUUGAGUAAAAGGUUGUAAAAAUACAGCCAAACUGGAUAAUGAAUUAAACUGUUUCGUACAGGAUUUAAUAAAAUGGACAACUG